AUGAAGUGUGCAUUCUCAUUACUCUUUUUUUCUGUUCUAUUCAUCGUUUCAAAUGCAAAAACUGAAAAGACGACAGUGUCAUGUGGCUCAUGUGAGAAAGAGACGUGUCCCGAAGUGUCGGGAUGCGCAAAAUUGAAGAUGGAUCAGUGUGAUUGUUGUCAGAUUUGCGUUCGACAAGUGAAUGAAAGUUGCGGUGAGCCGGGUCUCGUUUGCGAUUCACACCUUUCAUGUGAUCAAGAGAAUGAUCUUGAUGGAUCGAGUCGAUGCAAAGAAAGAAUGCAUGAGGAAUGUCUGAAAGCAAUCUGUCCAGUCGUCUUCCACAGAGGAUGCCCCUCCGACUCUCAGCUGAUCACCGAACGUCCGGCGCCAGGCAAAUGUUGUCCGCCACCAGGGACUUGUCAUUGCGACCAGAAGAAAUGUGUUCCAUCCGUGCCAACUUGUACAAAGGAAGAGAGACUUGUGAUGACGGAGAAGGGAUCAGAGACGCCUGGAGAGUGUUGUGCGAAAUAUGAAUGUCAGAAGAAAGAAAAGAAAUGUGCACACGUCACUGCCCACCAAGAUUCAAGACGAAGAAGAGGUCCAUCUGACAGUUUCCGACCACCUGAGACAAUCCCAAAAGAGUCAUGUUGUCCAGUCCGUCAGUCCUGCAAGUGCAGUGGUUCUAUCUGUCGUCCGGCUCAGUGUCCCGACGGACAAGUGAUCCAUGUGACGAAGAAAGGAACAGGUUAUCCUGGAAGAUGUUGUGAUGAUUGGGAGUGUAUUGAAGGAGAGACAUCGAAGGCAAAGUGUUAUUAUAAUGGAGUGGAGAGGCAACGAUGGAAGUCUGGCAUGCUAAUGAUUGUGACAACUUGCCAGUGUAUUAAAGGAGUCUCGAUUUGUGAUAAAGGAGAUUGCCCGAAAGUUAAUCAAGAAUGCACGUGGGAUCGGCAUCCCUACUGGCGAGUGUUGCCCGAUAUGUCUCGGAUGUCAAACCGACAACCAAACUAA